GACAACACAAGACAAGAUUGCAGAUCACACACAAGAACCUGAACCUGUCAAAAGCCUGAUACCACAUUCAACCUCAACCAACCACAUUAUUCAAUUUUCUGCAGUUCAUCUAAACAUAAAAUGGAUGACUAUGAUGAUUAUGCAACAUAUGAUUUCUCCAACCUAACAGACCCAUGUGGUGGUGAAAAAAACUGUACGCUGUUCGACAAAACUGACAUAUCCCUGCUCGGUUGGCGUCACUGGUUUGCGCUAAUCUGCUAUGCGAUAGUCUUCUUGUUGGGUGUCCCUGGCAACGGUCUUGUCGUCUGGGUGACUGGAUUCAGGAUGCCCCGUUCAGUUAAUGCCCAGUGGUUUCUGAACCUGGCCUUGACUGACCUUCUGUGCUGUUUAUCCCUACCCCUGCUCAUGGUACCGCUGGCUCAAGAUAUGCACUGGCCCUUUGGUCCGUCAGCCUGCAAAUUACUGAAUUGCCUACUGUAUCUGUUUAUGUACUGCAGCGUGCUGAUAUUAACGAUCAUCAGUUUGGACCGCUUGCUCCUAGUCACUCGGCCUGCUUGGUGCCAGAACUGGAGGCAGCCGCAUUUGGCUCGUUGGGUCUGUCUGGGUACCUGGGUGAUGGCACUAAUUGGGACCAUUCCCCAGUUCUUCCACAUGGUUGAAACGGAUCAUGGGUCGAAGAAAGUGUGUCAUGGCCAUUACUUAAAUGAGGGGCAUGCUUGGGCCAUGGUUGCGAUGCGUUUCCUGUUUGGUUUUCUUCUACCUUUCAUUAUAAUCUGUUUCAGCCAUUGGGCAGUGUACAAGAGGGCACACAAGAAGAAAAACGAGAGGUCGACACGUACCUUGAGGGUCAUCCUAGCUGUAGUGAUCACUUUCUUUGUGUGCUGGAUUCCCUUUCAUAUGAUUGACAUUGUUAUGCUUAUAUGGAAUAAAGCAGUGGACAAAACAAAGGCAAACCUUCACCUGGCGCAGACAUUAGCUCUCUGCCUGGCUUACUUGAACAGCUGUCUGAACCCGUUGCUCUAUGUUUGCCUGGGCAGAGGGUUUAGGGAGAGCUUGACUAAGACCCUGAAGAGUGUACUCAACUUUGCUUCAGAGGAGCCAGCUCGAGGAACCAGUAUGACAUUAACCACCAAGAGCAUCACCGACACAAACUAUGGAGAGACCAGAGGUCUCAGUCAAAAAGAGCUUUCUAGGAGAUAGAUGCAAAACAUUGCUCUGCUCCACACACACACACACACACACACACACACACACACACACACACACACAGAAAUAGAUAAAAAACAGCAAGUGUGUCUGUGGGUCACACAGAGAGUACCUGAGCUGCUCUGAGCUAUAAUGAUACACCAGAGCAACAGUCGAGGAGCAUAAAGAUCUUUUCAAUACAUCACUCUAUACAUCAUACAUCAUACCUGCCUAAAUAUUAUCCAUCUGCUUAUCUAUCCAUCCAUCUAUCCAUCCAUCUAUCCAUCCAUCUAUCCAUCUGGCUGAAUUCUUUCAGCAAUACAAUUUAUAUAUAAAUAAAUGUAAAUCAUUGAUCAGGUAUGUCACGUUGACUCCAGCAACUGUUUCAGCAUGUUUGUAAUUUCAAAUCAUUUUGCUGUUCUCUUUGACUUGAGUGUCACUGUACUGUAGGUAAUGUCAAGUCAUGAAGAAAUGAAAACAAAUGUGUCAAUAAUGUGUUUGUGCAGCUAAUUUUAAUGCAGCUAAUAUAUGUAUAUAUUGCCAUAUGUAUUUUAAAUGAUCCAUAUAGAUAUUAAUAAAUAAAGUGAUAUCAUAUUUUAAUAAAUAUUUCCUCAGUUCUAGUUUAGUUCUACAGUAAUUUCAUUCUGUAACAUCUUACUCUCACAGCUUAAUUUAUUAUUCAGUCUUUCAGCUUAAUGUAUAUUACUCAGUGACUAGCAGCGCAAUGUAUUCAGCUACACUAUAUUUAACAGUAGUUAUAAGGUUUACGAUCGUACGGACUUUACCUAGCCUACUGUAGAUUCAUCUUUCAGACUGGUUUGAACUGGAAUUUUAACUUAAUUAGCGCAGUAAAAGGAGAAAUUUCGGUUAAGAUUACAAAAUGAGCACACAGUAAACAGGAUGUUGAGCAAACUCGGGCUCCUGCUUUGACACUUCUUCUAACUCCAAAAUGCAUGCAAAUACAAACUUUAUGCAAAUGCAAAAUUGCAUGCAAUCUUAAAGAUUAUGACUCUUGGUUAUGGAUUAAAAAGUGCCUCGUUCAGGACUUUUUUUAUUUAAUGAGGAAAUAAAUUCUAAAUAUAUGAAAUUGCUCAACAGUUUUGACAAGUUCUGUACAACUGACAGGAAACGUUUUUUUUUAAUAAGAAGUGACCUAAGCAGGAUCCUAAAACCUACAGCUUGUUUAAUAUAAAGUGGUAAUAGAAAAAUAUUAAUAAGCAUCAUCAUCAUCAUCAUCAUCAUCAUCAUCAUCAUCAUAUGUCUGAACAGUUUAAAUGUCAUUAGUGUGAUCAAUUAAUAGAUUGUGUGUGUGUGUGUGUGUGUGUGUGUGUGUGUGUGUUGAUCACAAUACAAGGAUAAAAUUAGAUCCUUGGACAAUCUGUAAAAAUGUAAAUGAACUAAAACAAUAAAAUUAAUUGAUCAGUUAUUGACCUGGUGACGGAACAAA